GAGGACUCUGACCCUGGCUCCGCCCCCAAAGAUACAACCACCGACCACAAACAACCGACGGAAAAAAAGGUUUUCUGCUCUCGGACUUUUACUCAGUUACAGAGAAAUUAGCCCCUUACGGACCUUAAGGACUCAAAAUCCUACAUUGUAAUGGUGCAUGUCCCCCGUUUGGCACGGCUGGCUUUAGGCCUUGGCAGGCAUGCCAGUGUAGUACCAGCCUUGCCAUGUUCUUGUUUAAACCCACAGCACAGGCACAGACACUACAGCACUGUCUCAGCUAGUCCGAAAAACCCAUCCUUCAGCUAUGUCAUCGUGGGGGCCGGGUCUGCGGGCUGUGUGCUGGCCAACCGCCUAUCAGAGAAUUCCUCAGAGUCUGUCCUUCUCUUGGAAGCAGGGCCUAAAGACAUGGUGCUGGGCAGCAGACGGCUGUCGUGGAAGAUCCACAUGCCAGCAGCGCUGACCUAUAACCUUUGUGACGAUAAAUACAACUGGUACUAUAACACACUACCCCAGGAUGGAAUGGAUGGCCGAGUGAUGUACUGGCCCCGUGGGCGGGUGUGGGGUGGCUCGUCCUCCCUCAAUGCCAUGGUGUACAUCCGAGGGCAUGCAGAAGAUUACAACCGCUGGCACAGGGAGGGGGCUGAGGGCUGGGACUAUGACCAUUGCCUGCCGUACUUCCGGAAGGCGCAGACCCAUGAGUUGGGAGCCGACCGUUACAGGGGUGGCAGUGGCCCCCUGCACGUCUCCCGCGGGAAGACUGACCAUCCCCUGCACCAUGCGUUCAUUGAGGCUAGUCAACAGGCUGGUUACCCCUUCACUGAUGAUAUGAAUGGUUACCAGCAGGAAGGAGUUGGCUGGAUGGAUAUGACCAUUUAUAAAGGCAAAAGGUGGAGCACAGCCAGUGCAUACUUGAGGCCAGCUCUGUCCAGACCCAACCUAAAAGCUGAAGUCGGGUGCCUGACCACACGUGUCUUAUUUGAUGGGACCCGAGCAGUUGGAGUGGAGUACCAACAGAAUGGACAAACAAAGAAGGUAUUGGCUGACAAGGAGGUCAUUCUCAGUGGUGGUGCCAUUAAUUCCCCACAGCUUCUCAUGCUGUCUGGGGUUGGAAACGCUGACGAUUUGCAAAAACUGGACAUUCCCGUCGUACAGCAUCUUCCAGGAGUUGGCAGCAAUCUGCAGGACCACCUGGAGCUAUAUGUCCAGCAGCAGUGUACUCAGCCCAUUACUCUGUACAAGGCUCAGAAACCUUUCCAUAUGAUUAAGAUCGGCCUGGAAUGGAUGCUUAAGUUCACAGGCUACGGAGCCACAGCUCACCUGGAGAGUGGAGGCUUCAUUCGGAGUCGCCCUCACGUGACUCAUCCUGACAUUCAGUUCCAUUUUCUGCCCUCGCAGGUCAUCGACCACGGCCGUGUUAACUCCAAGAUUGAAGCCUACCAGGUACAUGUGGGACCAAUUAGGAGUACGAGUGUAGGCUGGUUAAAACUGAAGAGCAAAAAUCCGCAUGAUCAUCCUCUUCUCCAACCAAACUACCUCUCAACCGAUAUCGACGUGUGGGAAUUCCGCCAGUGUGUGAAGCUGUCCCGUGAAAUCUUCGCCCAGAAAGCCUUCGAUCCCUUCCGAGGCCCUGAGGCCCAGCCGGGCCCUGCCGUCCAAUCAGAUGCCGAGAUCGACGCCUUUGUUCGUCAGAAAGCCGACAGCGCCUAUCACCCGUCCUGCACCUGCAAGAUGGGCAGGUCUUCUGACCCCAUGGCCGUGGUGGACCCCCAAACACGGGUCUACGGCCUGGAGGGUCUGAGGGUGGUGGAUGCAUCCAUCAUGCCCAGCGUAGUGAGCGGAAACCUGAACGCCCCGACCAUUAUGAUCGCAGAAAAGGCAGCAGACGCCAUUAAAGGUCUUCCUUCUCUCCACGAUCCUGACGUACUUGUAUACCAACCAGCCAGCCUGGAGACACAGAGGUAAAACUACUGUUGCUGCUGCUGCUGUGGAAGAGCUGGGUCCAGGAUGAGCAGUGUGGGGAGUACUGGGUGUAAGGGAGUCAUCGGCUGAGUUCUGCUCAUUAAUUCUGAGAUGUUUUAAUAUUGAGUGAACUUUAAUGAUCUUUUUAUUACCUUUUUUAAAAAGCAAAAAGGGGGAAAAAACCUAGGCAGGUUUCUUCUGGGCCUUGAAUGAAUCCCUGAAAUCCAACAGUUAGAUUUGAAUUGUGAUUAAAGCUGCGUUCCAAAGUUUAGGCUGCAUUCAGGGGUCAAGGUGUAGAGCUGGUCUUUAGUGGGAGUGUCCUACUAUUAAGACUUCAUCUUAAUAGCCUUUUACUCACAGAUAUAACACAGUUUAACCCUUUCAGACCUGAAUUAUGUGCCAGUUACAGAGUGAUAAAAAUAAAAGAAUGCUUUCUGUUUUUAAUGCACACUAAAGAAAACUUUUAUUAGAAUAUUCUAAUAUAAAAUCUAUUUAACAUUUUUAUCAUAUUAAGAAAAAAAAUAUGAAAUUGCUUUUGACGUUUUUUUUUUAUAUUUGAUGUUGACCUGAACAGUAAAACCAACAAGUUUAAAAAAGGAUUUUAAAUCACAUAAAAUAGUUUUAAAAAAUAGCUCUUGCUUUGCCUCAUUGGCUCAAGUGCUGCCAUGCCCUAAUGUCUGAGUGGAGGUUUUUCCCAGUGCAAUUUUUUUUUUGGUGCAAAGCUACUGUUUCAUUGGCUGGUUCAUGAAAUGAUGAUUGUAUUAUAUGCAGGGUCUGAAAGGGUUAAUGAGAUUUUAUUUCAAGCUUUUACAUUUCUUCAGAAAUCAUUUAGAAAUGGUUUUAAAACAUUUUAAAAUGAGCCCUGCUUUAUUUUGUGCCAAAUUUUGUGGUGCUGUUUUUUUCUUUUUGUCCUUCAAAUUGAUUCAUCAUGCGCAGAGAAUUGUGGGUGUCUGAGAGCUGCAAAAUAUGCAUCAGUUGCGUAAUUUAUAUCUCUCUAAACAUUGACUGCAUUUCCCGUUUGUACAUAGUGGGUCCUUCUCUUUGGAACCAAGAAAUGCCAAGAAUUGCAGAACACUUGGCUGCACCUUAGACUUUGGAACGCAGCUAGUGUUCCGACUGAAACUGUGGUUUUAUCUAUUGGGUUAAAGUUUUCCAGCAUCUUUUAAAUGUUAUAAAUGUCCUUUUAUCAUACUAAUACUAAUAGAGGCAAGUUUAGUUCAUACGGUACCUCAUGCAGUUCCACAGUAUUGACUUUACCAAGGAAAGCAGAAUUAAUCAUAUUACUUGGAAUCAUGGUUUUCUUCUAGAAAAUGUCACUUUGGACCAUGUCUUAUUUAAGGGGUACUGAACUUCCUUUACUGAUGAUAUAUUUGCACUGCUUCAAAAUGUUUUUAAAGUUCUGAAAAAAGCCACAGUACAGUCAUUUAUUCUAGACUCACACUAAAAUAAACUUUCACCGCUUUCCAGCCUUAAUUAUUCACUGUUUAGUCUUGUUACAUCCUGUUAUGUAACAAGUUUCUCUUAUUACACCUUUUUAAAGCACCUCAUUCAGUAUUAGGAAUGAAAGCACAGGGUGUUUCAUACGAAGUUUGGUGUUUUUGUGUGGGUUAUAAAGAAACCGACAGGAAUGUGUUCAGAAAUGGUGAUGUCCUAAAUACUUAUAAUACUCUAUUUUAUGCAAACUGUUAAACACUGCCACGUAGUUUGUAUGCACAAGUGACCCAGCACUAAUAUAAUAAUAAUAGCUGCUCUGUGGUGUGCCUGUCCCUGAGCAUUGAAGAACAGGGGAAGGAGAUUUAUAAUAAUAAUAAUAAUAAAGUAUACAGAAACACAUAGUCAAAAUUAAACAAUGGGCUGUGAUUACUGAAAUACAAAGUGCUGCUAUAAAAAAGGUGGUUUUAAUGUUAUGGCUGAUCAGUGUAUGUCUCAAUGUUUGAGAACAACCUUCUUAUGAAUCUAUCCAGUCUAUAAAUGUUUGACAUGCAAUAUAGAACUACAACAAUUUUUCCGAUAUGGAGGAGGUUUUAAUGUUAUGGCUGACUGAUGUAUGUCUAAAUGUUUGUUGACACCCCUUUAAUGAAUCAAUCCAGUCUGUAAGUAUUUGACAUGCAAUAUAGAACUACAACUUUUCUCCAGAACUACAACUUUUUCUACUGCUCCUGUGUGGUCAGUGGAUCACAGUAUACAGUGAUUGUAGAGAAGCAAGGUCUUAUACGGUCUUAAUGUUAUGGCUAAUCAACGUAUAAGAAUAUCUUAAUGUGACUGUAUGUAUACUAACAUUUCUGCCUGUGUGCUUUGGAAUAUGGAAUGUGUAACGCUGUGCUUCGAACAAGGAGAGAGAGAUUAAAUAUGCAAAUGUUUAUUGUUUACAAAAUAUUGAUUUUAUUUUUCUCCAUUGUUGGUGAUCUAUCUGUACCAGCAUGUUUGUUUUUCUUUUCUGUACACAGUUUGUUUAGUUAUAAAAUAAUCCAGGCCAAAACGAACAAGAAAGAAAAGCGUACAAAAACAAAAUUGUCCAUCGGUACAAAACUGACAGUGCUGGGCGAAGAGCUACAGGACAGGUUUUGGACUAGCUGGACUAAAAACAUCAAACAAAGAAUAGAGAUUUCAAGUUCAAGUACACAAAAUCACUAUAUGAAAAUAAACAUUUUCAUCAUACUUUUUAUUUUAUUAUUUUUACAUCGUCUCUUUCGUCAUUGUAACAGAUCAUGACAAAAUCCUAAUAAAAUUUAAAUUUCUGAAA